UUCGGCUGCCCCUCUCCAUCGCCCCCUUCAUGGCGAUGCUCCACUCAUGGCGGCAUUUGGAUCUUGUCUUGCGAUAUUCUUAUGGAUCCUUGAUCAUGGCAAGGAGCAUUGGAUUAAAAUGCAAGAAGCAAAGCAAGCUAGAUUGGCAACGCCCUUUCUGCGCCACAAAUUAUGCUCGAGGACAACAUUUUGCCACCACCAAAAUGAUGAACAGGGUGGAGGGUAGGGAGGUAACCAAUACUGAUGAAGAUGCGGUUUGUCCAGUGUCUAUCAUUGAGAACACAAGUCACCGCGAUGGGUCUAUAUACCGCAGAUGCAAUGAUUUUCUAACACUGUAUCGUAUUACAGACCGUGGUGAGACUCGGUUGGAGCCAAUGGCGUUAUCAGAGCCCACAAAUUGCCAGCCUAAUCGAGAAAAGUGCAUUAGGCAUUUACCAAAGCCCAUGAUGCAAAUUUUCUCAUUAACAUUGGGUAAAAUUCCCAUCGAAAGAGAUUCAGUAGAAUUAUAUGGUUACAUGGCGGUGCGGGAUGAUCAGGAUUUAUUGCUUAAUUACAUUGUCAAUCGGAGCAGGGAUGAAGCCAUUUUACUGCAAAAGGAUUCCCUUAUCGAAAUGACUGGCCCUAAGCGAGGCAUCUCAAUGGUUUCCUCUGUACUUGUUGAGUUUGAUAUGAGGAUAAAGAAUGGAGAUCGAGAAGAAGAUGAUCUACAGCUCAUUGAUGGAAUGAUAGACUAUUCUGAGCUAAGGACACCAUGCUGGCCACCAUUCACAUAUCGCAUAAACGGUGAUUGUGGUGCGGUUGACAUGACUGUAGCCCGCAUUUUAUGCGGAGUGGAGGCCACGAUAGAAGUUUUCAUAUCAGAAGUGCAUGCGCAGGAAGGUGUCCGUUUGUCUCUCAGUUCGUUUGUUUUUGUCAGUGAUUCAGAAGAAGAAGAAAUUCAGCUCUUCAAUGGCAUUGUUGGUGAGUCAAGUGGCUUAAGAUACGCGGUUGCUGUAUUCGAGGAUACUUGGAUGCAUUUGAAGUUCAAAGUGGGUAAAAACAAUGACUUAAAAGACGACGCUGAACGCUGUAUUCCCAUUGAAGUAAACACUCAUGGAUGUGUGAGUAAAAAAGUAAACUUUGAUCUCGCCUCUAUGUCGGUGAAGGUGACUUGGUCGACUUUGACAAACCAAAUUCCAGCGUGGAUAUCAGGCAUCGAUUUCAACACCAUGUGAUUUGUUCACUCCGUUUCUACAUGUACGAGAAAUAUUUGGUGCUCAUCAAAUACAAGAUUGCAAGCCAAUGAGUUGUGUCAAUUACUAGCUAGUUUCCUAUUACUCUGAUUAAGAGAAGCUAUUGUUAUUUAUUUUCUUUUAUUGUCAAUUACAAGAUUAGAACAGAACCAAAAUAAAUUUUCCAUAGGAAUUCCUCAUCCGUCUUUAUGGAACAGAAAUAAGGUCUGGGCACUUAUCAUCUUGGAAAAAUUCCUUUUUGUCAA